GAGGUUCCUGCCGACACCGGUGUGAGUACGCCAGCCUUGGACCCGAAUCCAGUUGUCAUCAUCGAAAGCCCUAAAAAGCAACCAGAAGAAAAGCUCGAGACAAAUAGUCAGGUGGCCGAGACUGCACCCAAAAAAGAUCAUUUGAAUAGGCAGUCAUCUACACCGGCUAAGACUCAUCUUGCGCCUGCUUCCGGCCAUUAUGUUCGACAUACUCAGUCCGUAAAGAGCCACGUGCCCUCCAACAUCACCUCUCGAACCAGCGUGACUCGCCAGUUAAGUGCUGCAUCAAAAGAGAAUAAAGUUGCACCAGGGAACAGGCUGGGCAAGGCCUCCUCAGUUUCCACUUCUUCUCUCCAGCACUCUAACUCUUCCAUAAGCAACUCCAGCAAAUCUACCGCUGCCAAUGAUCGAUAUCGUAACCUGAGCAAUCGUAAGGCAGAUGCCAGACGUACUCAGUCCACAAGUGACCUCACACAAGCCCGAUCGACUGACUCGAUACCAAAGACGGUCACCAAGACGGUUUCAGCCGUACAAAAGACGGAACCGAAUGUCUUCACAAGGCUCUAUCGCACACCGCAGAGGACCGGGAGGGCUAACGCAGGGGCUGCCGAAACCAUUGCACCGACGGCCUCACGCGCAAAGUCGAUGUCUAAUUUGAGUAUUAGAGCGACGGCAUCGGCGUCCAGUCGUAAGCUUAGUACUGGAGGUACCUCGUCUGGGCUAAAAUGUAAUCCUCCUCAACGCCGACUGCAGAAACAAGCUUCGGGUGGAAAAGUGGAGGAGGCUCCACCAACGACAGUACCGCUAACCCCCGAAGCACUCACACAUCCUUCUGCGGAGGCCACACAAAUUCGGCGUCCCUCUGUAGCUCGGAUGCGAGCACAGGGAACACGAAUCCCCAGACCGGCUCGGCAGAACCCACAAAUUGCAAAUAGCCGCUCAAAGUCGGUCACGUCACAGUUCGUCAGCUGA